CUAUCUCAAUAAUUCGACUUGUAUAUUAUCUUCUCCAGCUGGGUGUCCAGGGAUAUGUACGCUGUUGUUUGAAUACAAGGAGACUGCCAAUGAUAGAUCUUGGCAUCUUUGCCGUGGGUUUUAAUGGCUCGGCACACGGAUGGCUGCCACUUGAUUCUUGAUGUCCCCUUUGAGAAGUGGUUAACAAUAACCUGUGGACAAAGAUGGACAAAAAGGUUUUGUUUUUGCGUGGUGGGACGCUCUUUCACACACGCAAUUCCAUUGUGUGCGAGAUUGGUGCUGUUUUGGUCUAUAUAGGUAGCAAACCCGACGCAGCAAAUAGACUCGAAAGCUGGAACCAUAAACCACAAUAUCCCAAAUAUCAUCAUCACAAUAUCAAUAUCUCAGCAUCCAACUCCACAAUGCAGCAGCCCCGCACCAUCGCCGACUUCGGGCUCACAAGGUGGCAAGUGAACUACCACUCUACGCUGCAGGAAUACGGACUGACGAGAGAUCUUUUCACGCCCCUUGAAGAUUUCGACUGCUUGAAUCCCUUCCUCGGGCAAGACCGUGACUGGAGGGAAAUCUACUUGGUCCCGUCACCAAAGCCGUGGGGUCCCUUAAUCUUCUACGCCGUCGAGGACGGGGCCAUCAUCACCAGGUUCGCUUGCCUGCUGGACCCGGAAAGCCCCACCGGCCGUCAGACCGAGAUGCGCCUGCACGAGUUGCUGCUCGACAGCUACACCGCGGCGCACCGCAACCCCAAGACACUCCAGUACGUGGGCUUCGUCGGGAUGACGGCAAACGACAAUUCGUCGCUCGCGAUGUUCUUGGAGUACGAGAAGCAGGGCAAGGCAUUCGAUAGCAACUCCCAUAUCGUCAUGACGCCUAGCUCUCCACGCUGGGAAGGUGAGUUCGUGGUCCUGAAUCCAUACCUCAAGAGCGUGAUGCACCUUGUGCGGGAGCUGGCCCGAUUGAUCGAACGUGACGUGACGAUUCGCCAGGUGCUUAUGGGCUUAGAUGUGGCAUCCCAUACUUACAUGCUCGUUGAGCUUGAUCAUAAGGAGGGUUAGAUAUGGGACAAGUGACAUCCGACGAAGUGCGGAAAGUGUAGGUAAAACUAAUACUCUUUGUCUAACAAUUAUUAGAGGAUCAGGCCAGCGUAGUAUAUUACGACAUACUCUUCCGAAAUUGGUCAUACACCACAACGCCGAUAACCGAUGAUGCACAUCUAUUAUGAAUAAUUAUGCCUCAAAGAAUUUCAUGAUUGACAAAAAAUUCCAGUGUAUUUCAUAAUCAUAAUACCUUUCGAAUGUAAAUGGGAAAACCACCGUGCCUGCUUGAUAUGAUACCUAGAACGAUACCAUUUACUAUUUGAACACAACUAUAAUUCGUGAACAUUGUAGUGUUAGCAGAUGUAUUCGGAUUUAUAGUAAGCGCGAAGGUUCGCUCCUUUCGCAGUCAAGGAAGCGCAUGCAAGACAUAGUUGUGUUGUUUGUCAGAAGCGAUUGCCGGCGACUCCUGACGUGU